GCCCGGCCCCAGGGCAGGGAGGCAGGAUUCCCUCCGUGGUUCCCUGUGCGAUUCCCGGUGUGGUGGCUGAAGCGCCCCGCUCCCGGCGCUCAAACGGCCGCUUCGGAGAGCCAGGCUGGCCGCCAGCCUGGGAGGGAGGCGGCGUUGGGAAGGAGCGCAGCCUCUGUCGGCGGCGGGGCUCGGAACGGCUCUGCGGGCUUGUGCUGCCCUGGCUGGUAUUUAAGGAAACAACAGCAAACUUGGCAGCCGGGCUUUGAGCGAGCGGGGACGGCUCCCGUCGUAUUAAGGCAUUUUCAGCAGUUGGUUAUGUAAAACUUCCCGACACCAUCGUGCGCCCGUGGAGCAGCGGCGUUUAUUCAUCGCUUGGCUCUUUCGCCGAAGGAGGUCUAAGAUAAUAACACUGGCCAAUUUCAGGUGGUGGAAAAAUAAGAAACAAAAUGAAACCUUUCCAAAAGGUCUGUCUUUUCAAGAGCCUGCUUGCCAAUUGCUGCUGUCACAGCCGUCUUGACAGCUGUCUUCUCCCUGCUGUUGCAGAGAAGAUCGGCUGUGUGGUGGGACUGCACAACCAUGGAUUUUGGAGGCCAAAGCCUUUAUUGGACACAGCUCGAUUGACUCUGUCUUUUAACAGUUGGCACAGGAGAAACCAUCAGAAUUCUCAAGCUUUGUGGAAGCAUGAGGCUGUGCAGAGGUAUCUGGAGACUUUAAGCAAGGAGUACCAGCAGGUUAGUCAUCAGUUAAGUGCAGACUCAUUAAAUGACUUUGAGCAAAGAGCCCUGAGGAGAAGAUGCGCCGAUCUGUCUCCCAUUGCAGCUGCAUUUCAAGAAAUCAAAGAGGCAGAAAGAGAAGUUCAGGAGUUAGAAGCGAUGUGCACAGAGCUAGACAGCAGAGAUGAGAAGCAACUUCUACAGCUUGCCUUAGAAGAGAAGGAAAGCCUGGAUAAAAAAAAUGAACAUGAUGUGCAGAAAGGUGAGCCUGAGCUUUUCCAGCUUCUAGUGCCAAAGGAAAAAUAUGAUAGAAGUCCUGUCAUAUUAGAAGUGACAGCUGGCAGAACAACUGGAGGGGACAUCUGCCAGCAGUUCACUAAAGAAAUGUUUGAGAUGUACCAGAAUUAUGCCGACUACAAACGCUGGACCUUUGACAUCGUGAACUAUACGCCAGCUGAGAUAGGAGGCUUGCAUCGUGCUGCUGCUCAUAUUUCAGGAGAGAAUGUCUACAGGCAUCUGAAAUAUGAAGGAGGGACUCACCGAGUCCAGCGAAUCCCUGAGAUAGGCAUGUCAUCAAGAAUGCAGCGCAUUCACACUGGGACAAUGUCAGUCAUUGUCCUCCCUCAGCCAGAGGAGGUUGAUGUUAAAGUGGAUCCCAAAGAUUUGCGUAUAGAUACAUUCAGAGCCAGAGGAGCAGGAGGGCAACACGUUAACAAAACCGAUAGUGCUGUGAGGAUUGUGCACCUUCCUACAGGACUGGCAGUUGAGUGCCAGCAGGAGCGGUCACAGCAGCUGAACAAGGAAAUAGCUCUGCGCACACUGAAAGCUAAGCUCUACCAGCAGGUCAUUGAAAAGCAGCUCAGCCAAGAGCAGAGCACCAGGAAACUGCAGUUGGGAACAAGAGCCCAGUCAGAGAGAAUUCGUACUUACAACUUCACCCAGGACAGAGUCACUGACCACAGGAUCUCAUAUGAUGCACGCAAUAUCAAGGAAAUUCUAAGUGGGAAAGAAGCACUGGAUAAACUAAUCAACAGACUACUGGAGUUUGCAGAGGUAGAGGCUGUCACCCAAUAUCUAGAAAAUUUGCAGGCUUUAGAAGGAGAAGGCUGAAGACCUCAAGUAGAGUUAAAAGAGAAUUUUUGUGUUUGGUAGCCGAAUAAAACAGAUGUGUUUGUUAGAUGAUAUGUUGAUUAAAACCUAUUUCUCUGUUUUUCA